AGAUUAGAAGUAGGUGAGAAAACAGCAGCCUCAUCUCCAUCAAAUCAAAUCAGAUUAUUAUAUAAAUAAUAAUAAUCAUUUCAUUUCUAAGGUUCCAAACGAACGUUACUUUCAUUCAUUCACAUAUUCACAUAAUAAUGGCUUCACUGAAGAAUAGUAACGCUGCUGAGGAACCACUUUUGUUCACUCACAGCGAUACGCCGUCGUUGAAACCCCACGAAUCCAACGGUGAACUUGAGAGAAUUCUAUCAGACACCACCGUACCAUUCUUCAACCGUAUCAGUUCCGCUUCAUGGAUUGAGCUUAAACUAUUGUUCUUCUUAGCUGCUCCUGCUGUUUUUGUUUAUCUUAUUAAUUAUGUUAUGUCUAUGUCCACUCAAAUUUUCUCCGGUCAUCUUGGAAAUCUUGAACUCGCCGCGGCUUCUCUUGGAAACACCGGUAUUCAAAUCUUUGCUUAUGGUCUCAUGUUGGGUAUGGGAAGUGCAGUUGAAACACUAUGUGGACAAGCAUUUGGAGCAGAAAAAUUCGACAUGCUAGGAAUAUAUUUACAAAGAUCAACAAUUCUUCUAACAAUAACCGGUUUUUUUCUGACCGUUAUUUACAUCUUUAGCGAACAAAUCCUUAUCUUAAUCGGACAAUCACCAAGAAUCGCUUCUGCAGCCGCGCUUUUUGUCUACGGACUUAUCCCACAAAUAUUCGCUUAUGCAGUCAAUUUUCCAAUCCAAAAAUUCCUUCAAGCACAAAGCAUUGUUCUACCAAGUGCUUAUAUUUCAGCAGCAACUUUAGUUGUUCAUUUGAUACUAAGUUGGGUUGUUGUGUUUAAGAUUGGUUUAGGCUUAUUGGGUGCUUCAUUGGUUUUGAGUUUGUCUUGGUGGAUUAUUGUUGUUGCUCAGUUUGUUUAUAUUUUGAAGAGUGAAAAGUGUAAGAGGACAUGGAAAGGAUUUAGUUUGGAGGCCUUUUCCGGGUUGCCCGAGUUUUUUAAACUGUCCGCGGCAUCGGCGGUUAUGUUGUGUCUUGAAGCUUGGUAUUUUCAGAUUCUUGUUUUGCUUGCUGGGCUUCUUCCUAACCCUGAGAUCGCUCUUGAUUCUCUUUCUAUCUGUACCACAAUUUCUGGAUGGGUGUUCAUGAUCUCAGUUGGAUUCAAUGCAGCUGCAAGUGUGAGAGUGAGCAAUGAACUAGGAGCAAAAAAUCCAAAAUCAGCAUCAUUUUCAGUUGUGGUGGUGACAUUGAUAUCAUUUGUAAUAUCAGUAAUUGCAGCAUUGGUUGUGCUUGCAUUGAGAGAUGUUAUUAGCUAUGUCUUCACAGAGGGUGAAGUUGUUGCUGCUGCUGUCUCAGAUCUUUGUCCACUCCUCUGUCUUACUCUUGUCCUCAAUGGCAUUCAACCUGUUUUAUCUGGGGUUGCUGUUGGCUGUGGAUGGCAAGCAUUUGUUGCUUAUGUGAAUGUGGGUUGCUAUUACAUAGUUGGCAUACCAUUGGGCGCGGUUCUCGGAUUUUAUUUCAAUUUUGGCGCUAAGGGUAUAUGGCUUGGAAUGCUUGGUGGAACAACUAUGCAGACAAUUAUUUUAAUGUGGGUCACAUUUAGAACAGAUUGGAAUAAAGAGGUUGAAGAAGCAGCAAAGAGGUUGAACAAAUGGGAGGAGAGAAAGGAGCCCCUACUAAACUAAAAAAUUGGAUUACUUUUAUGUAGUUGUUAGAAAGUAAAAACAAAAUAGACUAUUUUUUUAAAUUGAAGCAAAUGAGAAUGAUUAAUUCGCCAGGUUUACUAUUUAAGAUGUUUUAAAAACCGAUUCCGAGUGAUUAGUUGGAUCAAAAAUCAGUUGUAUGAUCGAGUCGAUUUGCAUAAUGAUUGGUUAUACAAUAAAAUUGGCGAAAUUCGGUCAAAA